AUGUCGGUUCAGUGAGCUCACGCACGUCGAACACUCAUCAACGCACGGCGCCGCGGCGGUAACGUCCAAAAAUGGCGUUCCUCGCGUAACACAGUUCACCGUCGUCGUCGAAGUCCGUUGCCGACGUUCGCCAACGUCGUCACGAGCCCAUCGACCUGGUGGAGCCGCGAGGCGCCAGUCCGAGGAAGAGCCCAACGAACUCGAAAAUGCAAUCGACCGAGCAGCUGCGGCCAGAGCAGCUAGUGGGCCUGGUGGCCCGUUCGGCCGAGGGUACGGCUGCCAAGGGGAUGCCGAUCAAGGGCCACGAAGACCUCUGGGUGGAGAUCCAGGCCAACACCUUUCGGAACUGGGUGAACGAGCACCUAAAGCACGCCGGCGACGUGGGCGGCGACCCUGUGCUGGACCUCGCCGAGGACUUCCGAGACGGUACGCGUCUCUGUGCUCUGGUCGAGGUGCUGACGAAACGCCGCCUGCCGCGAUGGAAUCCGCGACCAGCAAAUCAACAUCACCACCUGGAGAACGUGUCCACGGCGUUGCAGGCCAUCGAGGCUGACGGUGUAAAACUCGUCAAUAUCGGUAACGUGGACAUCGUGAACGGCAAUCUGAAGCUGAUCCUGGGCCUGAUAUGGUCGCUGAUCGUGCGGUAUCAAAUAGGCAAGUCCAAGUUCCCGCCGAGGAAACUCAUGCUCGCAUGGCUCAAGGCUGUCUUGCCGGAAUGCAGAGUCAAUAAUUUCACGACCGACUGGAACUCCGGCGUGUAUCUGAGCGCACUUUUAGAUUAUUGCAAGCCCGGCCUGUUCCCUCAUUGGCGACAGCUCGAUUCGAACGACAGUGUUUAUAACUGUCGCAAAGCCAUGGAAAUAUCGAAGCGUGAGUUUGACAUCCCCCUGGUACUAGAGCCGGACUAUCUGGCAUCACCUUACCUGGACGAACUCUCAGGGAUGACCUACUUAUCGUACUUUAUGAAGGAAGGCUCGCCAGGCUUCCACGCAACGCUACGAUGGGUCAAUUCGCAAUUAUCACACACCUCAAUACGGAACUUCACGACGGAUUGGAACGACGGUCGAGCACUGUGCGGAAUCAUCAGAAAUUUGGGCGGCCCGGCACCACCCUAUGAGAAACUCGAUACCGACCCCUCCGCGUGGGAGCAUAAUUUGCAAAUGGGUAUCGACGGCGGCAAGAAGUUGGGCGUGGAGCCGAUCUUGAAAGCGAAGGACAUGGCUGAUCAGAAUGUAGAGCAUUUAGGUGUGAUGGCAUACUCAGCGUAUUUUCAGUGGGUGAAACCUCGCCCUCAAGCGAGUCAACAGAUUGCCGUACACGUCGACAGCACAUCCGCCCGAGUGCAACAGCCGGCACAUUUCAAGCUGGAGAUGCUCACCAAAGAUGUAAAUGCGCGGGAGGUGCGCGGCGAAAUCAUAAGUCCCAGCGGACGCGUGGAAUGCAGGCUCACGUGGAACGGAGUUCAUGGCAAAGGCACUUUCGUACCUACAGAAGUGGGCAUGCACAAGCUGAUGGUGUACAACGAUGGCGAGCUGGUGAACGGAUGUCCCUAUUACUUUAGGGUGUUGCCGCCGCUAACAAAAAUCAAAUCCCCGGGCAUGGAUCCUUGCGCUAUAGGAUCUAUCGUCGAGGUUCUAGUCAACAGUUACGGAACUAGUCAUGACGGUAUCGACGUGACCGCGUGGUCUCCGACCGGAAGAUCGCUACCGUGCCCCGUUAAGGAAAAGGAUGGUGUGCACACGGCGACCUUUCAACCCGACGAGACGGGAGAAUGGAGUAUCGCGAUAACGCACAAGGGAAAUCACAUACAAGGCGGUCCUUUUACUUGCUUUGUAUUCGAUCCUAAUGGAAUUAAGCUCUUGGACACGGACGGCGCCAUGCCCGGACAACCUUUUUCAUUCAUCGUAGACGCUCGGGGGACCGGCGGACUCGGCGACGUCAUUAUCGACAUCGUCCACGACAAGCAAUCGGUACCCUACAGAAUAGAGGAUUUCGGUCACAUGCAGUAUCGAGUGUCCUUCGUGCCUAAUGACGAGGGCAAGUAUCGAGUGUACGUCUACUUUAACGGCUCGGACGUGCGUGGUUCACCGUUUUCCAUACGCGUGGGAACACAGAAGGGCUCCCGUAGGUCGAAGGAGUCCACGUCCAGUUUGGAGCGGUCCAAGGUGUCGUCUUUAGAGCGACGAAUGAAUGGACUGAAUGUUUCCGCGACGGAACAGAGCAGUCCAACCCAGAAAAUGUAUACCUCGACCGCGUACAAGUCCAUCAGUCCGACGCAACGCGGUUACUCGCCUAUCCAUCAGACCAGCCCGACGUACAAAAUGUCCAGCUCCUCGCCGAAUCAUAUCAAUCACAGCCCUGUGCAGAGAAACAUGAACAGCCCGUCGAUGCUUAAGGAAACGAAGGAGAUUUACAGCAGCAACACGUACAACCAUCACUCGAGAUCGCCAAAUCUGCAGAGUCCCAGCUUCAUCAAAGAAUCCAAGGAUAUUUAUUCAUCCAGUACGCUCAACAGAUCACGAUCGCCAGAUUUGAGCCCAACCGCUCACAUCAUUAAAGAAUCCAGGGACAUCUACAAUUCGGGAUCCCUGAAGAGAUCGCGCUCGCCGACCCGCAGUCCAAUGACAUAUAGCGCCACACAGAGUCCUGUAAAUCGCAGCUUCAGCCCACGAACCGGCGACAAAGACGCGUCCUUCAACAGGCGAGGAUCCACGGACAAUGGCAUCAUCGACACCAGCAGCAACGUGCGGGUAUCCUCGAUGGUGGGUAGCACUUCAAGACGCGAUUCCUGGGACGCAAUCGCCAAGACGAAGUCGCUGCUGUCAUACGGCAGUCUCGAAUCCCUCGCGAAUCUGACGAACUCGCCAACCGCAGAAAACCGUGAUGGCAGUCCGAACGACAAUUUCCUGAACAAUAACAACUACAAGAACGCGCAGAGCUACUCCGCCAAGAACGUGUCGUCGCACUCUGCGACGACGAGCUACUCGACUGUGCAGAAGUCGUCGAGUCCCGAUUACGGCGUGGGUCCGAGGUACGAUAGUCAAACGACCGCUCGCACACACGGCAUCCUGAAGAAUAAGAACAACAAUUACUACGGCAAGAUCACUGAUACAACGGACGGUACCACGACUCAUGACAGGUACCUGAACAACGGCGGUGCUGUCUACGUGUCCGCGUCAUCUGGCAAGAGCGGCACGGUCGUCGCGACCGGAAGCGCACUGGAAACGUUGCCGGUGCACCGGCCGACCACUUUCAGCGUCACCGGCGUGGAUCCCAAUAAGGUGUCCGUCACCGUUACCGGUCCCAAUGGCAAAACCGUACCGAUACAGAAAUCGAAGUUGCGUGGCUUGACGUACACCAUCACCGCUGAAGAGGUCGGCGAACACGUCAUCCAAAUUCUGGUGAACGGCCAGCACAUCAAGGGAUCGCCCUUUAGAUCGCAGGCAUAUAAUGCCCGAGCUAUUCAAGUUGGGAAGAUCCCGAACGGAGUGGCGAACCAGCCGGUAGAAUUUGAAAUCGAUGGAUCGAGAGCCGGCUCGGGAAACUUGGAAAUCCUUGUAAACGGGGGACACGUCACGAGUUUUGUGAGAGCGCUAGGUAGUCAACGCUUCUUGGCAUCGUUUGUGCCGCAUGAAGCGGUUGCACAUCUGGUCGAAAUGACGUUCAAUGGGGAAGUCAUCCCUGGAUCACCUUGGCGAGUCGGCAUCAUGCCUGCACCAAAGAUGUCAGUUAUCGGUGAUUCCAUCAGGUUGGUUCCUGCUGGCAGUCCCGCCCUCUUCGAAUUGUCUGCAUUAGGCUUUAGCAGCAACGAGAUCGACGUUCAGAUUAUAACACCUUCGAAGAGGCACAUUCCUGCGAGAAUUGACGAGGAGCCCGGACGAUCCGGCGAGUUCCGCGUCGAGUUCACGCCAACCGAAGUGGGCAGCCACCUCGUGGAAGUCAGCAUCGCGGGACAAAAGCUACCGGCAGGACCCCUCGUCGCCAAGGUGUACAACAGCAGUCUGAUCCAAGUUACUGACGUGCCUAGCGCCGUAGUCGGACAUGCCUGUCAAUUCAGAGUGGAUGCCAGCGCUGCUGGAGAAGGUCAAUUAGAGAUUUCCAUAAAUGAGGGAGAGGUGCCCAAUCACGUUCAAGUAGUAGGCGGUGGCCGUUGCCUCGUGUCCUUCACUCCCGAGGUCGCCAAGCCACAUUAUAUCGACAUUAAGUUCAAUGGAGAAGCAGUACGUGGAUGUCCUUUCGUCUGUAACGUGUCAGACACGAGUAGAGUCACAUUAAGUUUGAAUCAUCUAGAACUGAUUCCGGUCGAGCAGCCUGCUAGCUUCCACAUGGGAGUCGACGGAAGCGGCAGCGCAGAACUAGCGGUUUAUGUAAGGGGACCAAACAGUGAAUUGCCAGUUAAAGUCACUGGUAAUGUAAGCAGUGGUUUCACCGCGGAAUUUAUACCGAAGGAAGUGGGAGUACAUUCAAUUAGCGUGGAAUACAAUGGCUAUCCCGUGAAUGGUACGCCGUUUUUGGCUAAAGCAUUCAACGCAGAUAAAGUGCUAAUUGGGCCUGUAGCUAGAGGCAGUGUCGGGCAACCAACUCACUUUACAGUCGAUGCAAGUCAAGCUGGUGAAGGAAAUCUGGAGAUCACGAUAUCGGCUCGCGGCCAAAACAUACCGACACAAGUAACACCUCAAGGAAAUGCACGGUUUUCCGUCAGCUUCGUACCUUUCGAGGCAUGUGAGCACGUUAUCAACAUUGCCUUUAACAAGAAAACCGUGCCUGGCUGUCCCAUAGUGACAAGGGUAGGCGGCGACAGUCAUGUAACUGUGAGUGGGCAGGCAUUAAGCAGCGCUGGAUUGGGACGGCAAAGCUAUUUGACCGUCAGUAACGUUGCCGGUAGCUUGGAAGAUUUAGAAGUUAACGUUGAAGGACCCAAUGGACAGGCCGUACCUGCUCAGGUCACUGACAACAAAGAUACGACAUGCAGCGUGGCGUUCACACCGAGAGUUGUCGGCGAGCACCGAAUAUCGGUGAGCUAUCGAAACAUCCCAGUGGUCGGCAGUCCGUUCAGCUGUAAGGUGUAUGAUGUCACCGCGAUAAAAGUAAAGGAUGCGAAACGUGGUGUCGUUGGAAUGCCUGUAACUUUCUUAGUCGAGACUAGUCAGGCGGGACCAGGUAAUCUGGAAGUAACCGUAAACGGCGGACGUGUACAAACCUCGGCACAGGCGCAAGGUCCUCACACGUAUGCGAUCUCGUUCACACCCCGAGAACCGAUCGUACAUACCGUAGACUUGCGUUUUAACGGGGAGGACGUGCCUGGUAGUCCUUUCAAUUGUCAGAUCAGCGAUACGGCGAAAGUACUGGUAACCGAGGUACUCGAGAAAGUAUCUGUGAAUCGUGUCGCGACCUUUACAAUAGAGGCCGACGCAUCUCUCGGCACACCUGUCGUCGAGGUGCUUUCUCCCACUAGGGAGAGCAUAUCUGUACACAUAAAGCAGAAUAGUCAUGGCACCUACACUGCUGGAUUUACUCCGAAAGAUGUUGGCGAUCACAGCGUUGAAGUGAAACUCAGUGGAUCGCACGUGGAAGGCAGCCCGUUUCUCGUCAAGGCUUACAACGCUGAUAAAGUCAAGGUGACGGAUAUAAAUAGCGGAGUCGUCGGGAAACCAAUAUUCUUCAGCAUCAACGCCAGUCAAGCCGGUGCUGGAAAUCUGGAGAUCAUAGUCGCAGUGAACGGCAAAAAUGUUCCGAAUUACGUGCAAAGCGAGGGCAACGCGAAGUUCAGGGUUAAUUUUAAGCCACAAGAAGCCGCUGUACAUAGUCUCAGUGUUCGUUUCAAUGGAGAACCAGUUCCAGGUUCACCAUUUAGCUGCAAGGUAGUAGGUGCGGGUCAAGCGACAAUUUCCGGCCAUAAUCUGAAGAUGAGUGCUGUGAAGCGGCUAAUGUCCUUUACCGUGGAUCCCCAAACUCCAUCCACGAACUGCGACGUUAUUGCGACGCCACCGUCGGGCAUUGCUCUGCCUAUCACCAUCGAGCCCAUUGACGGCAAAUACAAUGUGAGCUUCGUACCUACGGAAAUAGGUAGACACAACAUCAGCGUUCUAGUGGAUGGUGAAUCGAUAAAAGGCUCUCCGUUUGCUUGCAAUAUUUAUGAUGUAACUAAAGUACAUGUGUCCGGUCUCACGGAGGCAUUGCUAGGCCAGGCAACUACGUUUACCGUCGACGCCGCAGAAGCCGGCGAAGGAACGCUGGAGCUGGUGGUGAGCACGGAAAAUAACACCGUCAAAGCCGAGGUGGUAGCUUGCGCUCGUGGUCUUUACGACGUCACGUUCGUGCCACAAACAAUGAAUGCACAUUAUGUUAAUAUUAGUUUCAACGACGACAAUGUACCAGGAAGUCCAUUUAAAUGUCCUGUCGUUAGCGGCAUGUUACAUGGUCCGUCAAUGAUUCGAGUUGGUAAUACGGCUUAUAUAGAUCUGGACAUGUCCGAUUUGAACGGUCCUGUAUCCGCGGAAGUAACCGGUCCGGAUGGAAUAAUCAUUCCGAGCACGUUAACCAAAUUAUCGUCCAGCUUAUAUCGCGUGGAAGUUCGAACGCGACAUGUAGGAACAUAUAGCAUAAUAUUCAAUGACGGACACAAGAUGGUCAGUUCACAAACGCUCCAAGCUUUUGAUCCCGGCAAGGUUUCCAUCAAGGAAAUAGCGGACGCGGUUUGUCAUCGACCAGGAACUAUUUUAGUCGUCGCAUCGAAGGAAGCUGGUCCUGGUAAAUUAUCUGUUAAUGUUCGCGCCGGUGGUGCAGAUGUGGACAGUCUGGUGAGAGAAAGGGAAAACGGUGUCUAUGAAAUUAUAUUCCAUCCCACACGAGCCGCGCCUCACAGAAUUCACAUAAAAUACAACGAAGUUCAUAUUCCUGGGAGUCCGUUGGACGUGACGGUGCGUGGUCCUACGGGAGGACGGGAAGUGACAGCAACGGGAUUAGGCCUGUAUCAGUCAUGCGUCGGAAAAGUAACAUCGUUUACGAUCGAGACUCUCGGACGUCCUGGCAAGGAGUUUGAUGUAGUCAUCAGUGGUCCUCAGGGUAACGCCGUACCCGUACGUUGUUAUCAACAUCGCGACGGCAAUCUACUCGCUGAAUUCACAACGAAUAAUGUCGGCACAUAUAAAAUCGACGUGCUACACGGUGCGAAGCCGGUGCUGGGCUCGCCAUUCUUCUGUCAAGCUUUCGACGCUUCUAAGGUGAAGCUUCAGGAAUUGGGUCCAAUGACGAUUUCCGUUCAUGAUCACAUCGCAUUCAAACUUAUGAAAGCCGACGCCGGCACUGCCGACCUGGACGUAACAGCGACGAGCCCAUCGGGACAAGAGAUCCCGUUGCAAGUCACUCCACUCAACGACGGUGCCGAGAUGAUCGAGUUCUCGCCCAGCGUGCCCGGCACCUACAUGAUCAACGUUACUUAUGGCGGAUGCUCUGUGCCUGGUACUCCAGUGGUAUGCACUGUCGACGCAGUCGGGCAAGCUCGCGCGAAAGGCGAAGGAUUGCUGAGCGGUCAUGUGGGUAAACCAGCACAUUUUAUUGUCACCGGCACGAGAAGUCCGCCGGCAGUUCAGGUGGAUGGACCGGAUAGUGUUUCUAAGGCCACCAUUGAAGCUGGAGCCAAUCCCGGUACGUGGAACGUGUCUUAUGUACCGAACGAAAUCGGAAUGUUCGACGUGAGGGUCGUUUCUGCCGGGCAACAGCUACCGGGAUCUCCGUGGCAUCCGAAGAUCAUCGACACGCGGAAUCUUCGCGUCAUUGGUGGUUGGUCCGCUGUAUGCGACGAGAUUGGUCGCUUGAGAUUGCAUCCGUCUAACAAAAUCAGCUUUGACACCGCGGAGGCCGGACCAGGCGAAAUCAGCGGAACCGUUGGUGAUCAUCCUCUCAAUUUUGAAAUGACGUCUAGCAAUAGGCUGAAGCUCGUUCCGCCACAAAUGAGCAGUGGCGAACAUCAUUUGGAGAUACUGUUCAACAGCACACCGUUUCCCGGCGCACCGAAGCUCGCACUUGUGCAGGAUUUGGAGCCGCCUGUGCAAGAUACAAGUCGAGUGUUAUUGAAAGGACGAGGAUUAACGUCGGCCAAGUGCGGCGAGGAAGUCAGUUUUACCAUAGACGGUUCUCAAGCCGGCAACGGAACUCCAAAAGUGCAAUUAUUUUCACCCACCAGUGAACUUAAUGUCAUGUUACAACAUCUAGGCGAUAGCGUCUAUCGUGCAAGCUAUAUACCGCUAACGCCGGAUCCACUCUUGAUGACUGUAUCGUGGAAUGGAAGGCAAUUGAAGGGCUGUCCAUUGCAAAUUAAUGUUACAAGUGCUGCCGACGCGUCUAGAGUUAUCUGUUCCGGAGAUGGAUUGAAACACGGUAUCGUUGGACAAGAAAUCAGAAGUUUUAUCGAUACCAGAAGAGCAGGACCAGGUGAAUUAACAGCACAUUGCGUUGGACCGCAUAAAGUAGCAUACUGCGAGCUAUACGAUCAUGGCGAUGCUACCUUCACGUUAAAUGUGAAACCUCAAGAGGCGGGACGGCACGCACUAACGAUCAAAUAUGCUGGAGAACACGUUCCCGGUUCUCCAUUCACGUUACGCGUCUCCGGAGCCCCAGAUGCUUCUAAGGUUCGCGUCUACGGGCCGGGUAUUGAACAUGGCGUGUUGGCGACUUUCCAAUCGCGAUUUAUCUGCGACACGCGAGGCGCCGGUGCCGGUCAACUUACAGUAAGAGUACGCGGACCUAAGGGAGCGUUCAGGGUGGAGAUGCAGCGGGAGACUCAAAAGGACCGAAUCAUUCUCUGUCGGUACGAUCCGACGGAACCCGGGGACUACAGAGUGGAGGUUCGUUGGGCUGGUGUCUUGGUGCCAGGUUCUCCGUUUCCCGUUAAAAUUGUCGACACACAAGACGAGUUACUAAUGCUCACACAGAGCGGAGAUAAUUAUUCGACAGGCCAUCAUACUAUCACAUCGUGGCGUGGAUCGCAAGCUAUAUUGUAGAAACGCUGCGGCUAACAUUGUUAUUAUAUUUUGUAUGGACUAAUAUAUUUGAUAAUAUAUGAUAAUAAUUGUAACUUAUGUGCAAACGUUUUCAAUAAACUCAACAUUCCGAU